CACCUUCACUGUCGCAAGUCGGCGGUCCUCUCCAAAAAAUCCCUGUUUUCCAACCUCCACUCCUUUUCAGAUACCCUUUACACUCCCUUCAAGCUUGCGCAACCUGAAAAAUGAAGGUUCAACGUCUGGUCGUACCCCUCGCCGCCGCCGCGUCGGUCUACGCUCGUCCUUUGUCAAUCCCCCAGUCUAGCAGCGUCACUGCCAGAUCCUCGCCCAACAUCUUCAACGAAGUCCUCCUGUUCGACGGCCUAGCCUAUCCCGAUCCAUCCAACGCCGCAAACACCCUCCUCCAAAUCCAGGCCUUCGUCUCCCUCCGCACUCCCGACCUCGGUAUUGACCUCGCAGCUGUAACGGCGUUCAUCAACUCGCUCGGUAUCCAGAUCGGCAAUAGUCUCAGCAUCCUCGAAGAGAGGAUCAAGAUUUGGACUGCGAUUGGUCUUCCUGGCAAGGCGGCCGAGCUGACGAUUAAUGGGUGCGCUGGUGGACCCGUCAAGGUCAAGCUCCCCAAGACGGAUGGAAGGGACCUGGGAUUGGUGAAUGGUGUGGUCAGCUUGGGCAACUGCCAGGCUGCGGGGGAGCUUGAGGCUGUCCUCACUCCCGGUUUCUUGGAUUCGAGGACUGUCAAAUCCUCUGUCUUCGCUUCGCCCGAUUCUGGCUUUGGCGUCAUCUCCGACAUCGACGAUACCAUCAAGAUUUCGAACGUCCUCGACAAGCUGGCUCUCGUCAAAUCCACCUUCCUCGAGGAGCCCAAACCAAUCCCCGGAAUGCCCGAGCUCUACAGCGCUCUCGCUACCUCCCUUAACAACCCCACCUUCGCUUACCUAACCGCCAGCCCCUACCAACUCUACCCCUUCUUGAACGAUUUCAUCGACACUUCGUUCUCUGGCGCCAAGGGUCCUCUCUUCACCCAGAAUCUCACGAUCGUCGAUAUCCCCGAGGUCAUCGACUUCAUUACAAGCAGCAACACAUUCGAGUACAAGACUGGUGUCGUCGAUAGGUUGCAGGAGAUGUAUCCCAACAAGAAGUGGCUUUUGAUUGGCGACUCGACCCAGAAGGAUCCUGAGGUCUACGCUGCUGCGUUCGCCAAACAUGGACCCGGUGCCAUUGCGUGCAUUUGGAUCCGUGAAGUCGAGGGGGCGGACAACUCUGCUGAGCGCUUCGGUGAAAUCUUCAAGGACAUUCCCCAAGAGAAGGUCAAGAUCUUUAAGGAUUCCGAGAUUUCCGCAUUGGGUUUCACGACGAAGAAGUUCAAGUACCUUGGCAAUUUGCCACUGAAGGAAAGCAGGCUUCUCGGCGGUGGCCAAAUAGGCUCGAGACGAGUAGCAUGCGUUCCAUCGUACCAGGCUUCUCGACAUUAG